AUGGACUACCUGAUUACUGAAGGCUACCCAUCAGCAGCGGAAAAGUUUGCGGCCGAAGCCAACAUUCAGCCCAAGACCGAUUUCAGUUGUAUUCAAGAGAGGGUUCAGAUUCGGGAAUCAAUACAUCGCGGAGAUCUGCAAGCAGCCAUCGAGCUCAUAAAUGAGCUCAACCCAGAAUUGCUGGAUACCGAUAAAAAGCUGCACUUCUCCCUUCUCCGGCUUCAACUUGUCGAGUUAAUCCGCCAGAGUUUCACGUCCUCAGACCCUAGCCUGGUGGGCAAAGCGAUAGAAUUUGCUCAAAACAACCUUGCGCCCUACGCUCCCUUGGAAGCACAAUUUAAAACGGACCUCGAAAGGGCUAUGGCUCUUCUGAUCGUUCCUAAAGAAUCCUGGACUCAGGCAGCAGCAUCGGGAUCCUCUGGCCCCGCGACUUCACAGAUCCAGACCGAUUUCGGCGCUCUUGCAGAGCUAGUUGAUCCUUCAUUAAGACAAAAGGUUGCCAAGGACGUCAAUGAAGCAAUCCUGCAGUCGCAAGAUCAAAGGAGAGAAGCCAACAUUCGAUAUCUCGUAAGAGCUCGGGCGUGGGCGGAACAACUCGCUCGAGAGAAGAAAAUCGACCUUCCAGAAAACCUUACAUUGGGUCUUGAUGAUGAAGGGCCUUCUGGUCGUAGCCAGAACGGCCACAAUGGCGACACCGAGAUGACAGAAAACGGGUCCGAAGAUAACGCUGCAGGUGGCGAUGCUGAUCUUGCCCGAUACACUAACAUACCCUCUUGA